AUGCUAGAGACCUACAGCAACCUCACUGCUAUAAGCUGCAAUUGGGAAGAGCAUAAUAUUGAAGAAUAUUGUCAAAGUUCCAGAAGACAUGGAAGGCAUGAAAGAAGUCUUACUGGAGAAAAACUCUCUGAAUAUACUCAAUGUGAUAAAGCCUUUGCAUGUCACAGUUAUCCUCAAAAGCAUGAGACAAUUCAUUCUGGAGAGAAACCCUAUGAAUGUAUUCAAUAUGGUAAAGACUUUGCACAACAAAGGUAUCUUCAAGAGCAUAAAAGAGCACAUACUAGAGAGAAACUUUACAAAUUUAAUCAAUGUGGUAAAGCCUAUAAAUGUCGUAGUAGUCUCAAAAUUCAAAUAAUAACAGAUACUGGAGAGAAACCCUAUGAAUGUAACCAAUGUGGUAAAGCCUUUCCACAUCUUCAUAGGCUUAAAAGACAUGAAAAAGUUCAUACUAGAGAGAAGACUUACAAAUGUAAUGAAUGUGGUAAAGCCUUUGCAUAUAGCAGUUCUCUCCCAAACCAUAAAAGAACACAUACUGGAGAGAAACCCUAUAAAUGUAAUCAAUGUGGUAAAGCCUAUUCUCAACACAGUUAUCUUAAAAUACAUAAAAGAAUACAUACUGGAGAAAAACCCUAUGAAUGUAAUCAGUGUGGUAAAGCCUAUUUAUAUCACAGUAGUCUCCAAAAACAUAAAAGAACACAUACUGGAGAGAAACCUUACAAAUGCAGUCAUUGUGAUAAAGCCUUUGCACGACAGUGUCAACUCCAAGUACAUAAAAGAAAACAUACUGGAGAGAAACUCUAUGAAUGUAAUCAAUGUGGCAAAGGUUUUAUAUAUCCUAGUAACCUACAAGUACAUAAAAGAAAACAUACUGGAGAGAAACCUUACAAAUGUAAUCAAUGUGGUAAAGCCUUUCCAUGCAUUCGUGAACGUAAAAGACAUGAAAUAAUUCAUACUGGAGAGAAGCCUUACAAAUGUAAUCAAUGUGGUAAAGCCUUUGGGUAUUACACUAGUCUCCAUAUACAUAAAGCAACACAUUCUGGAGAGAAACCUUAUGAAUGUAAGCAAUGUAAUAAAGCCUUUGCACAUCAUAGUCAACUUCAAAGGCAUGAAAGAAUUCACGCUGAAGAGAAGCCUUACAAAUGUAAUCAAUGUGGCAAAGGCUUUGUACAACACAAUUCUCUUCAAAUCCAUAAAAGAACACAUACUGGAGAGAAACCAUAUGAAUGUAGUCAAUGUGGUAAAGCCUUUAAUAGUCAGGGUGAUCGUAAAAAACAUGAAAGAAUACAUACUGGAGAGAAACCCUAUGAAUAG